UUGCUCCUGUUGGCGCUUGCGUGUGGUGUCCUGGGGCAGAAUGUGUUGAGUACCACCAGCACCGUACCUCCGGAAGCGAUCGUCAAUCUCGACGAUGACGACUUUCAGCUAUUUCUCGCGGGCCGUGAACCGAAGGCUUUUUCGGGAUCGACGACAAGUUCGAACUCGUCUGUAACAACUAGCACCACUGCUCGGACGACGACUCCUCCGACGACUCCUCCGAUGACUCUUCCGAUGAGUCCUUCGACGACUACCACUUCACCGCGUCCCCAAACUCCUUCGACGACAACCACACCACCGCGUCCCCGAACCCCUAGUCCAACCACCUCGACUGCCACCACUGUUACCAGAACUCCUAUGCUUGGAGGCAGGUCGUUGCUUGGAGAAAGCACACCAACUGUGCCUAACACUAACGUGCUCGGACAGCAGUUCCGACCAGCGGGCCGCGACUUUACCAACUGGCUGAUGCAACAGAUGAACAAAUUCCAGGAAGUAACGCCUGUUCCCCAACAUGUCCCAGGGCAGGAGCAAGCCGCUGUGAGCACCACAGCCCGUCCGACAACCAUGGCUCCUUUUCCAGCCUUCAGCAGUGGUCAACCGAGUGGACAUCAGCAAAGUCUCCGCAGCCAGUUACAAACUUCCCAACAGUUGACGGAUCGACUACUGACCCUGUGGACUCCGAGCGGGUCCUACAUUCAGACAGAUGGUCUGCAUUACACUCCACCAGCCGUCUUUUACCAAACACCGACUGUCACCUACGAAAAUGAUGGUGUUUCUCACAAUAAUCAUUACCCAAUCCACCAUCAUGAUCUGAAGCAGCAGCAACAACAACUGCCUUUUCCAGAAUCCUCGCCCUAUACUGACACCUAUCUCAGUUACCAGAAACCCGCUCGGCAACCUGGAGCACAAUCGACAACCUCAUCCGGUCGGGCUCCCAUCGCGGUAGAUCACGUGUCACAUUCAGGUGCUGUCUUCUAUUCGGACGGUAACUACUACUACACUCGGCCGGAGGCACCGCCGCUACCACAGAUCCGACCUUACGAACUCCAGCACGUCGAGAAACCAUUUUUGAUUAAUUAUCCCUAA